AAAGAACGAAGGAAAAAUUAUUCCCGCUUGGAUAGAAUUGUAAACAUAAAGUUGUUUAACCAAAUCUGAUAGCGUCUACAAGGAUUCCGUAACCGGAUCCUUUCCAAAAUGCACGAGAAAACGGAUAUGUUUUGCCCUUUGUGCUAUAGCAACUACGGGACUGGAUUUCCGCAGAGAAUUCCGAGAGAGCUCGACUGCAGACAUACAUUUUGUACAGAGUGUCUUGUUAAGCUACAAGAACUACAGGGCUCAGUCAUAGAAUGUUGUUCUUGUAAACUGCGCACUCUGUUACCUGCCAAUGGUGUGGAUGGACUUGUUAGAAACAUGGAUCUCUUAACAGCUGUGCUACGGUCUGAGGAAGAGGAACAAAAAUUGUGCAACUUUUGCAUUCAGAAGGUUUACCCUCCUAAACCAGCAACAUUUUACUGCUCAGAUUGUGAAGUAUUCAUGUGUGGCGGUUGUUCAGAUGACAUCCACUCCCAGUUGGAGUUCCGUUGCCACGACAUUCAUAAGGCGACUGCUGUUAAGAAUGGCACAGGAGAUGAUAGAAGCACAGUAGUCACUUCUCGACCUUCGUCAAACCUUUCAACUUUAAGUCAACACUCAUUAGGUCUCAGGCCAGGAUUAAAUAACAGACCAUCUAGCUCGUUAUUGGAUUACUCUGCAAUACCUGAAUGUCCCACCCACAAAGAGAAGACCAAGUACUACUGUCGAAAUUGCAGAUGUCUAUGUUGUGCAUCCUGUCACAGAUAUGGCAAUCAUAAGAACCACAGUUGUUUCCAGGUUCAUGAAGCUGAAGAAAAGGAAAGAAAAGCACUUGUGAAAUUACAAACACAAGUUGAACAGCGUGGUGAAAAAAUUAUUAAGGCAAGAGGGGAAGUUCAAAGAACUAUUGAAGAGGUCAAGAGGAAUACAAUAGAAGUAAAGGACAUAGCGCGGAGAUACUACAGAGAGCUGCGGGCAGCCAUUGACCAAGCAGAGACAAUAUUGAUAGAGGAUAUCAACAAGAGAAGCGAUGUGAAGCUGAAAGCUUUGAAUGAACAACUCAGUCAAAUGAUCGAAAUCUCAAGCCUGACGACCACUGCGUGUAGAAACUGUGACAAUGCGUUGAGUCUAGACUACUACGAAAUGCUGAUGCUAAAGAAAGAUGUUGAAACAGAAAUAAUGAGUGUACUAGAAAUGUUGUGUGAGAUAAACCCUGUGGCUAAAGCUGAUCUUGGCUGUCAGUUUCCAAAUCACGAAAAACUUUUGAGUAACAUUCGAAGCUGUGCAAAGCUUGUUUUACCUCCAGGACCCCCAGAGAAGCUGAAGUGUGAAAUCACAGACAAUUACAACGUGCAGGUGAAGUGGGAUCCCCCUGAAGAUAACUUGUUCUUGUACCCAGUACUGGGUUACAUUCUGCAAAGCAGCUCAGGUCCUGAUAAUAGCUUCUUAACUAUCUACAAAGGAAACAAGUCAUCACUGACAAUAGACAAGACUGCAGCUAAUUUACCUGUCGGAAAACAAGUGCAGUUUCGCGCAUGUGCUGUAAACCUGAUUGGGCAAGGACCCUGGGGGUUCUCGUACGGGAUCAAAAUACCCGAGUGAGGGAUGACGUCACUGGCGCAGAGCGCUAAAAGUUGUUAACGUCGCCAACACGAUGAAGGACUUCCAAGAGAUGUCAUCGACCAUUCCUGUGUGUAAAAGAGCAAUUUUGUCGCUAGGACUCAAGAAUAUUCAUCAUUACUUUCAUAGAAUCUAAGCAAUCAAACUCCGCUUAUAUUUCACCAACUGCGUGCUUCUUUGCUCUUCCUCAUCUCUCUUCCUGGAACGACCGACGAGAGAAUACCAGUAGGGUCUUACUUUGCCGCUCGCGGUGCACCGCGGGAUUUGGCGCAGGUGAAAGAAACAGAACACUUGAUUGUGGGUUGUAAGAUUUAUUAUGUUGAUCUGCACAAAUUUGCUAUCAAAUGCUAUCAAUACGGAGAGGAUAAGAGGAACCGAUGUUCACACAUAGUCGAUGAGAGUUUUUGAAAUGAAAAUCAUUAGGUCAUGAUAAUUUUAACCUGAUUUUUAACCUGAUUUUCCCAAUUUAGUAAAAUGAAAUGAGGUAACAAAGAGUUUUAGAUUGCAAAUAUUGAAAUAUUUCUUAUUUAGGUAUGAUAUGAAGGUCAGGGAAAUUAACCAGUAAAUUUUUUGAUUCUAUUGCCAUGUUUCAAAGAGAUGGAGCCGAAAUAAAAUGAUUUUCACCAUA